AAUAAGCGUCAGUGCAGCUGAGUGUGGCCGCUUCAGCAGAAAGUGAGCAUACGGACGGACAUCCCGCCACCGACCCGUGUGGCCCGGGGAAACCGUCAGCCCGGAACCGUUAACGACACCAGAAACAGAGCUAUAUUAACAGCGACGGCAGCACUGGCAGCUCUGCCUCCCCCUGCCCCUGUCCCCUGCCCUGGCUUUGGACCGAGGUUCAUCCCUCCACCCCGCCGCCCACGCCACAGACUCAAAGCGUGUGCAUCAUGGUGGAUGUAACCAAAUGGCCCAUUUUCAGCCUGUUAGGGCCCCAGGAGCUCUCCACCAUACGAAAAGCAUGUGUGUUUGGAACGUCUGCUAAUGAGGCCAUCUACAUCACCAAUGAUGAUGAGGUGUAUGUGUUUGGGUUGAACUGCAGUAACUGCCUGGGAACAGGGGACAGCCAGAGCACCAUUGUACCCAAGAAGCUGGACUUCCUGAGUGGGAGGAAGGUGGUCAGCCUGAGCUAUGGCUGUGGACCCCACAUCCUGCUGGCCACAGAGGAUGGGGAGCUAUUCGCCUGGGGUCAUAAUGGUUACAGCCAACUGGGAAAUGGAACAACCAACCAAGGAGUAGUUCCAGUCCUCGUGUCUGCCAACCUGCUCAAUAAGAAAGUGACAGAGGUGGCCUGUGGCUCUCACCACUCAAUGGCUCUGACCGACUCAGGAGAAGUGUAUGCAUGGGGCUACAACAACUGUGGUCAGGUGGGUUCAGGCUCCACAGCGAACCAGCCCACGCCCCGCAGGGUGUCGAGCUGCCUGCAGAACAAAGUGGCUGUCGGUAUCGUCUGUGGGCAGACCUCGUCUCUGGCAGUAGUGGACAAUGGAGAGGUGUACGGUUGGGGCUACAACGGGAAUGGACAACUGGGACUUGGAAAUAAUGGGAACCAACUCACUCCCUGUCGCCUUGUAGCUCUGCAGGGUUUAUGUGUUCAACAGAUUGUCUCAGGCUAUGCCCACUCUCUGGCACUAACAGACGAGGGGUUGCUGUUCGCUUGGGGUGCCAACACAUAUGGACAACUGGGCACCGGCAACAAGAGCAACCAGCUGAGCCCAGUUCAGAUCAUGACUGAGAAAGAGAGGAUUGUGGAGAUCGCUGCCUGUCACUCCACACAUACGUCGGCUGCCAAGACUCAGAGUGGUCAGGUGUACAUGUGGGGCCAGUGCAGGGGCCAGUCCAUAGUACUGCCUCACCUCACGCACUUCACCUGUACCGACGAUGUCUUUGCAUGCUUCGCCACCCCCUCAGUUAUGUGGAGGCUUCUUUCCAUGGAGCAUGAUGACUUCUUGACUGUGGCUCAGUCACUGAAGAAAGAGUUUGACAACCCAGAGACAGCUGACCUCAAGUUCUGCGUUGACGGCAAAUAUAUCUAUGUCCACAAAGCGGUUCUCAAAAUCAGGUGUGAACACUUCAGAUCCAUGUUCCAGUCGCACUGGAACGAAGACAUGAAGGAGGUGAUUGAAAUAGACCAGUUCUCCUACCCAGUGUACCGCUCCUUCCUAGAGUUCCUUUACACAGACAAUGUGGAGUUGCUUCCUGAGGAUGCUAUUGGGCUGCUGGACCUGGCCACGUCAUAUUGUGAGAACCACCUGAAACGCCUGUGUCAACAUAUUAUAAAGAGAGGAAUCACCGUUGAAAACGCCUUCUCUCUGCUGUCAGCGGCCGUGCGCUAUGAUGCAGAGGACCUGGAAGAGUUCUGCUUUAAGUUCUGUGUGAAUCACCUGACUGAGGUGACCCAGACCGCCGCUUUCUGGCAGAUUGACGGCAACCUGCUCAAAGAUUUCAUAUGUCGAGCCAGUCGCUGCGGAGCCUUCAAAAACUGACCUCAACCCGAGAUCAUUAUAGACACAGAUGCAGAGGCUGCUGUGGCGACUCCGGGAGCGACUCCUCAAAGGACUUGGUCUCUCCCAGUCGGCUCCAGGAGACUUUACUGACAGGUGGUAAACAAACUUUAUAUCUUUAGAUUAUCACCAUCACUGUCAAAUCUGUUAUUCAUCUCAUUCCAGACCAGUGUGUCCAUUACGUGAGCUGUUCAUGCCGAUAUUAAAAGGCUGAGCUGACAUCACACAGUCCAGUUAGAGUAGUUGUGUGCCACAGUGCCUGACUGCCUAUUCCUUUACACACAUCGUGUAAAGCAGGACUUAAAAUGCAUUGAGAGGCAUCCUAUCGCUUGAUGUAGUUUCUAUAACUUGAAAUAUUCUUGCCAGUCCCCUGAUAUCACUUUUGUUUCUAUUAUUCUGUUUAAUUGACCAAGUUACUUCUUAAGUGCUUGCACUUGUUGGAAAUAUGAUUCUUUUUUUUUUUUUUUUUUUCCCUCUUUACUAGAAGACUACAUUUAUAGUUUGGAUGUACCAUCUGGAAUCAUGGUUUACAGGUUGAGGUAUAAGGCUUUUUGCACUUUUAGAUUCCAGAAUAGAACAAAUGUUUUGAAGACUGGACAUUGACAUAUCAAGAAUGCAGAUUCAACCCUUUUUAUUUAGUCUGUUUAGGUCAAACUCCAGUCAGCGAUUAUCAGUCCUAGUGGCUGAGGUGUGAUCUUCUGUCUAGGCUAUAAGAAGACCCAAAGAGGGGAACUCAGGUUACAAGUGAGAUUCAGUCUUAAACUGUUACAGAUGUGAAAAGGAUGCCGCUACAUUUGUGGAUUCCAUAGGUUGGAAAGUGUUAUUUUGUGCAGCUACAACUCCAUAAAAGCUUAUUUAAUUUGUCUAUUUUUUAUCACAUAAAACAAUCCAGUUGUUGUUAACUGGCAGUUAAACUCGCCUGUUUGCCAGCUGACAAAAAAUGUAUAGAGCCAUUAAAAAUCUGUUUACAGUAAGGCCUGUAGCCUUGCAGAAGCUUACGUUGUAUGGGCCUGGACUUUUCUAAAAAAAAAUACCUUUUCAUCCAUGACAUCUAUUGUAUGUUGAUAACAAUAUUUUACAAUAUUAUCAUUUAUUAAGUUGAUGUGACAUCUUUCUGCAAUACUGCUGGGAGUAUUUUGAAGAAUAUAUUGCUCAUUUCUAUGCAGGACAUAUCUACUUCAAAAUCAAUUAUGUGAUUGAUUGAUUGAUGAUAUUGAUUUAUAUUAUAGUUGUGAAUUGCCAGUACAAUUUUGACCUUUGCGAGCAAAUUAAGACUUGUGUAUGUUAAGUAUUCAAAAAUAUAUUGCAAAAUAUUUUGCAAUAAACCUAAUUGGAAAAAGCUGGGGAUCUUCAUGUAUCAUAGUAAUAUUUGAGAAAGCACAAUAAAGGAAAAGCACUAAAAAAUA